AUGGCGAAGAGAAGAUCCAAGAAAAGAACACACGUUGCGCCUACUCCGGAAUCCCAAAAGGGGAUUCCUAAGUCUAUGGUGAUUAGAGUUGGCCAGACGUCGCUUGCCAAUCACUCUUUGAACCAGCUGGUGAAAGAUUUCCGUAACAUUAUGCAGCCUCACACCGCCAUCAAGUUGAAGGAGAGGAAGUCCAAUAAGUUGAAGGAUUUUGUGGUCAUGUGUGGUCCGCUGGCUGUUUCGCAUCUUUUCAUUUUCACCCAGUCGGAAAAGACCGGGAACGUUUCUUUGAAAGUUGCUAGAACACCACAGGGUCCCACCAUCACUUUCAACGUGAUAGAUUACUCGCUGGGCAAAGAUAUCAAGAAGUUUUUGAAGAGACCAAAGUCGCUGAACAACGAGGAUCUGCUGAACCCACCGUUACUGGUUCUGAAUGGAUUUAGCACCAAGAAUAAGAACGAGGACGACCCGAAUGCUAACGUGGAAAAGAUUAUAAUCUCCAUGUUUCAAAACAUUUUUCCUCCGUUGAACCCGCAGACAACACAGUUGAAUUCUAUAAAGAGAGUGAUGAUGUUGAACAAAGAUCCCGUGACGAAGGAGAUCUCUCUACGUCAUUAUUUCAUCGACGUGAAGGACGUCGACAUCUCGAGAAACCUAAGGAAACUUUACACCGCCAAGAGCCACUUGAAUAAGACCGUCCCCAAUCUGAACAGAAAGAAGGAUAUAUCGUCGUUGAUCUUAGACCACGAUCUGGGCGCAUACACAUCCGAAUCCGAGGUUGAUGACGAGGAGGCUAUUGUCAACAUUAAUGAGAGCUAUGGGAAGAAUAAAAACGGCCAGAUAUCUGUCGAGAAACGGAAGAAAGAGAAACCAGCGAUCGACUUGGAAACCGGGCUGGAAAAGGAUGAGCUGGAUGUCGAGAUGGAGGAAGCGGCCACGAGGGACGCCGCCCAACCUGAAGCUUUGCCCAGAAAGAAGGCUAUCAGACUGACAGAAGUGGGCCCAAGAAUGAACUUGAAACUGGUGAAAAUCGAGGAAGGUAUCUGCGCGGGUAAAAUCUUGCACCAUGAGUAUGUCCAUAAGACCGAUCAAGAGAUUAAAAUGUUGGAAAGGAAACAUGCUGCUAAGAUGAGACUGAAGGAACAGAGAAGGAAAGAACAAGAGGCAAACAUUUCUAAAAAGAAGGCAGUCAAGGAUGCUAAGAAGGAAAGAAAACUGGAGAGAAGGAGGUUAAGGAAGGAACAAGCGGAGGCCGACGGUAAAGCCGACAACGACUCUUCAGAAGGCUCAAGUGAGAGCGAAAGUGAGAACUAUGAUGACGUCCCUGAAGAUAUCGACAGUGACUUGCUGAGCGAAGUUGAGGACGCUGUUUGA